AUGCGCGAUGCGGUGUGCGCAGCGGCCCGCGCGGGCGACACGGAGCGGCUCGAGCAGCUCGUCAACGAUGGCGCCAGCGUGCACCACGUUCGCUGGUCGGGUGUCUCGGCCUUGCACCGGGCGUGCGAAGGCGGUCAUCUCGACGCGAUCAAGCUUCUGAUUGCGCGUGGUGCCGAUGUCAACGCCCGAGCUGCCUGGGGCUGGUAUUCCCCGCUGCACAUGGCCGCGCGCUACGGCCACGAGGCGGCCAUCGUGCUGCUCCUCGACGCCGGCGCGAAUUGGAGCCAGCCCGAUAAAUGGCUCCAGUGCAUGACAUUGGAUUGA